AUGACAAUAGGGACGCCAAGGACACCGUCGUCGAAGAUCAGAAGGACUCCAGCUUGUACUCCGGGCGGCCCAAGAGUCCGUGAGGAGAAUAUUUUGGUGACUGUACGUGUGAGACCACUAAAUGCAAAAGAAAUAGCUGCUUAUGACCUUGUUGCGUGGGACAUCGUGGAUGAAAAUACCAUUGUUUCGAAGAAUUUACAUCAUGAUCGGCAUGGAGGGCUGUAUACAUUCGAUAAGGUGUUUGAUCCAACUUGCUCUACACGAAAAGUUUACGAAGAAGGUGCUAGAGAUGUUGCCAUGUCUGCUGUCAGUGGAAUUAAUGCAACGAUCUUUGCAUAUGGGCAGACUAGUAGUGGAAAGACAUUCACCAUGAGAGGUGUGGCAGAACAUGCUAUAAAAGACAUAUACGAGCACAUCAACAUCACACCACAGAGAGAAUUUUCGCUCAAAUUUUCUGCUUUGGAGAUUUAUAAUGAAAAUGUUGUAGAUCUCUUAAAUAGAGAGUCUGGCUGCCUUCGCCUGUUGGAUGAUCCCGAGAGAGGAACCAUUGUGGAUAAGUUGAUCGAAGAGGUUGUCAAGGAUGGUCAACAUUUGAGGCACCUUAUAAGUAUUUGUGAAGCUCAAAGGCAGGUGGGUGAAACUGCCCUGAAUGACACAAGCUCAAGGUCACAUCAGAUAAUUAGGCUGACUAUUGAAAGCAGUCUCCGAGAAGACUCGGGGUGUGUGAAAUCAUAUUUAGCAACUUUGAAUCUUGUAGAUCUUGCUGGAAGUGAACGGCAAAGUCAAUCAAAUGCAGAUGGUACAAGAUUGAAAGAAGGGAGCCAUAUCAACAGAAGCUUACUGACACUGACAACUGUAAUCAGAAAGCUAAGUGGUGGAAAGAGAAGUGGUCACAUUCCUUAUAGAGAUUCGAAACUCACGAGGAUAUUGCAGACAUCACUAGGUGGGAAUGCACGGACUGCAAUUAUUUGCACUAUGAGUCCUGCUUUGAGUCAUGUGGAUCAAUCACGUAACACGCUUCUAUUUGCAAUGAGUGCAAAGGAAGUUACAAACAGUGCUAAAGUUAACAUGAUUGUUGAAAAGAAGCAAUUAGUGAAGCAAUUGCAAGAUGAAGUUGCCAGGCUGGAAGCUGAGCUCCGAAGCCCCGAACCAUCAUCUGCAUCCUCAUGUUUAAGAUCUUUGCUGAAGGAAAAAGAUUCGAAAAUUCAGCAGUUGGAGAGAGAGAUAAACGAAAUGAAGCGCGAGAGAGACCUUGCACAAUCUCAGCUUGUGUUAGAACGAAGCUCACGCAAAGAACAAAAGGCUUCAGACCACGGUGGCCCUUCUUACCAAGCCGUGAAACGCCUCUCUUUCAACACAGUGAAUGAUGACCGGCUUCCCGACAAAUGUGACCCAAAGCCCAAAUCACGAAAGCGCGGGAAAAAAGCAUCUGCCUCUUCAAGCUCGUUAGUCACGGAGAUAAGAAAACUAGAAAUGAGACAAAGACAGCUAGGCGAGGAAGCGAACCGAGCCUUAGAACUACUCCAUAAAGAAAUAUCUGCCCAAAGGCUCGGAAGCCAGGGCUCAGCCGAGGCAAUCGCGAAAAUGCUAAACGAAAUCAAAUCAAUACAUACUGCCAGUUUCAGUUCGGAAGAAAUUCAGGUCAAAAGAGAUCAAAAUUCAUCCUUGAGAGACGAAAUUGCUCGGUUGAACUCGCAUGAGGGGAACAUCUUGGUUUUGGAAGAGAAGCUUGAGAACGUACAGAGAUCGAUAGAGGAAUUAGUCAUGCAUUUUCCAAGCAGCAAGGAUAUGGCCACACCCGAUGUGAAAAACUCGUCUAAGAAGAAGAAAAUGCUCCCCUUCGCGUUGAGCAACACAGCUAACAUUCCAAAUUUGAUACGUUCGCCAUGCUCCACGACUACAUUGUCUUCUCACGAGAUCGAAAAUCGAGCCCCAGAGGGGACGCCUAAUAGUGGGGAAGAGAAUGCUUCUGGAAGAAAAGAAUCGAGCUCGAUCGAUGUGAAGAAAGUCCAGAAGAUGUUUAAGAAGGCAGCAGAGGAUAACAUUAAGAGCAUUAAGGCUUAUGUUAGCCAGCUGAAGGAACGCGUUGCGAAGCUACAAUACCAGAAGCAGCUUCUAGUUUGUCAGGUGUUAGAAUUGGAGGAGGCCAACGAGGCCACGAGUGAUGACGACACGGAAGCUACUGCAGGACCAUCUCCCAUGACGUGGACAGCGAUGUUUGAAGAUCAGAGGAAGGAAAUAAUAAUGCUGUGGCACGUUUGCCACGUCUCGAUCGUGCACCGUACCCAGUUUUACUUGCUAUUCAGGGGAGACCCUUCAGACCAGAUAUAUAUGGAAGUUGAGCUUAGAAGACUGAAAUGGUUGGAGCAAAAUUUGGACGAGGUGGGGAAUGCGAGUCCUGCGCUUUUGGGUGAUGACCCUCCUGGCUCCGUAACUUCCAGUAUCAAGGCUCUCAAGGAGGAGAGAGAGUACUUAGCAAAGAGGGUGAGCUCAAAGCUUACAGCCGAGGAGAGAGAAAUGCUGUACAUGAAGUGGGAGAUCUCAUUAGAGGGCAAGCAGAAGAGAAGACUGCAGCUGGUGAACAAGCUGUGGACGAACCCUUUGGACAUGCAGCACGUCAAGGAAAGUGCCCAUGUCGUGGCUAAGCUUGUCGGCUUUUGUGAGUCGUCUUCACAGCCCUUGUCGAGGGAAAUGUUCGCGCUAAAUUUCGCGCCACUUACGGACAAGAAGUCAUGGAUGGGUUGGAACCUUAUAUCAAACCUCUUGCAUUUGUAG